AUGGCCCUUAAGGACUCCACGCUCGUCCCCUCAGAUGUGGAGAAGGCGGAGGUCAGCCAACAGGAAGACGUUCACGAUGCCGACCUUGCCAAAUUCUAUGUUGCUGAGCGUGGCCAAGUGGCAACGGAUAGACAUGGACGUCCACUCGUCGAGUUCGACCCAGUCGCAGAGGCUAGACUUCGAUGGAAAAUUGACCUCUACAUUGUUCCGACUGUCUCCCUUCUAUAUCUUUUCUGCUUCAUCGACCGUGCGAACAUUGGGAAUGCAAGGCUCGCUGGCUUCGAAAAAGACCUUGACUUGAAAGGCUACGACUACAACACUGUUCUCUCAGUCUUCUACGUCUCCUAUAUCAUCUUCGAGAUACCCUCAAACAUGGCCUGCAAGUGGAUAGGUCCCGGAUGGUACAUUCCCGCGAUCUCUCUCGCCUUUGGUAUCUGCUCUGUCUGCACGGGAUUCGUGACCAACUUCAGCGCUGCUUGUGGUGUGCGGUUCCUCUUAGGCAUCUUCGAAGCUGGCAUGUUGCCCGGUAUCGCAUACUACAUGUCCCGCUGGUAUCGCCGCAGCGAACUUGCCUUCCGCCUCUCCCUCUAUAUCGUCAUGUCGCCCCUAGCAGGCGCAUUCGGCGGGCUCCUCGCCUCCGGCAUCCUCAAACUUCCCCACUUCGGCGGCCUCCACGAAUGGCGCAUGAUCUUCGCCAUCGAGGGCAUCAUCACAAUAGGGCUCUCCCUUAUCGGUUUCCUAACCCUCACAGACCGUCCGGCAACCGCAAAGUGGCUGACCCAAGCCGAGAAAGACCUCGCCAUCGCCCGCGUCAAGUCCGAACGCGUCGGCACCACCGAAGUCCUCGACAAAUUUAGCAAGAAGAAAAUCCUACGCGGCAUCCUCUCCCCUGUCACCAUUGGCACUGCCUUCAUCUUCCUCCUCGAUAACAUCACCGUGCAAGGCCUCGCUUUCUUCCUACCCACAAUCGUAAAGACGAUCUACCCUAAGAACACAGUCGUCAGCCAACAACUACACACUGUCCCGCCAUAUAUUGUGGGUGCCUUCUUCACCCUCCUCUUCCCUUUCCUCAGUUGGCGCUUCGACAAACGCACCAUCUUCUUCAUCAUCUCCGCGCCCCUCUGCAUGACUGGUUACAUCAUGUUCCUCGCCUCGACCGACGCGCACGUCCGCUAUGGCGCCACCUUCCUCUGCGCCGCCGGCGCAUUUGCCUUCGGCGCGUUGUGUAACGCGCAGGUGGCCAAUAACGUCGUCUCGGACACUGCACGGUCAUCCGCAAUUGGAACAAAUGUCAUGUUUGGGAAUAUUGGGGGUUUGAUCAGUACGUGGAGCUUUUUGCCGUUUGAUGGGCCGGAUUAUCAUAUUGGUAAUGGAUUGAAUUUCGCGACGAUGACGAUGAUUCUGGUGUUGAGUAUACUGAUGCUGUUGUGGAUGGUGAUGGAUAAUAAGAAGAGGGAGGGGAGGGAUGUGGAUGCGGAGUUGGAAGGACUUAGCAAUUUGCAGGUGCAGGAGUUGGAUUGGAAGCAUCCCGGGUUUAGGUGGAAGCCCUAG